CUUCUGACCUUGGUCGUCGCAUAAUGUUUCACUGCUCGCCCAACGCGUUUUCAUAACUUCUCGUGCAUUGAUCAUAACUACCAAGUGUCUAACACUAUUUGCGAAGGCCCGCGAAAUCAGACGGAUUUGACUUCCUGUCUAUAUUGUUCCGAGGACCAAGGGUGCCUGGGGGGAGUUAGUAGGAGUAAGCGAAACGUUUCACGAUUGGCAUUACUUUCAUGCAUCAAACCUCGAGGCAUGUUCUUUGUCUGCUCUAUAUGCUAGAAUCAGAUACUGCCUUUCCCAAAGCUCCAGCGCCUUUUGUCACUUGCGCCGUCCGCGAGUCCUGCACCUUCUGCACCUUCCGCCCCUGCCAUAAUCAUGCACCUGACAUCACUAUCCCACCCCCUCUCGCUCUUCUUACAGGCUCUCGCACUCCACACGCCCUCUUGGCCUCCAUUAACGGUUCAAUAUGGCCCUGGCAGUUGCAGCGUGGUGAUGAUAUCUGGACAUCGAACCCCAGUGCUCCUUACUUGGCCAAGGAACGAUCCGUGGGCACUGGGCAAAUACAUUUAUGGCUACCAAUUACAGAUGGGCUUUUGAUGGAUUACCGCUAUGUCAAAUACAUGUGGUUCAGUUGCAACGUAUCACUGGAUACAUCCAGGGAGAUUCUCAUGCCAGAUUCGGGUGGCUUCCUUACUAGCCUGAGGAGGCCUGACCGAUGAUCGAUGAUUGGCACCUGCCCCCUCUCGCGCAGUCCCGUACAAUUUUCUCCUCUUCCAAAAUACCCACUCCAAUGAUCCUCGGAGGUCGAUGCACAAUAACAUCCUUUCCCUGUACGAAAUUACCUACGUCCUACUAGCUAUCGCUUCUCCGUGGAUGCAUAACGGAUCCUUGAGCUUAUAUCUUGAUAAACG